GGGCUGUCCCCGCCCGCCCCCCGGCAGCUGCCAUGUGUCUGCUCGAGUGCGAUUAACACCGACUCGCCAAAUCCCCCCCACGCCCGCUUCCCCUCCCCGGGCCAUUUGGGGCAUGCCCGCGCCCCGUGUUUACACGGCGGCGCCUUCGCGCGGAGCCUUUCUGUGCAUGGCGCUGGCAGAUGAGCCGGGGGAGGUGGGGGCUCCGCGCCGCGCAGCGCCCGCCGCCGGCUAUAAAAGCCUGCGGGCCCGCGGGCGGCGCGAUCAGCGAUCAGCGAGCGGCCGCGGACCGGCGGAGGAUGGAGGGCGGCUGCCGCCCCCGCCCGCUCUCGGCGGCGCUGCCCCCGCAGGGCUGCUCGCCCCUCUCCUCCUCCCGGUGCGGGGGGCGGCCCGGCGCUGCGCUGACGGCCCUGCCCUCGCCCCGCAGCCCUGCGCCCUUCUGGAGACCGUGGGUGCCCGCGCCGGCCGAGGCGGCCCGGCGGAGCCCCGGCCCCGCCGCGCCUCACAGCCCCGGCGGGCUGGCGGAAGCCUCCCGAAAGCUGGCGCAGUACACGCACCCCGUCAGACUAUUUUGGCCCAAAUCAAGGUGCUAUGAUUACUUGUAUCAGGAAGCUGAAGCACUUCUGAAAAACUUCCCAGUUCAGGCUACAAUUUCCUUUUAUGAAGAUUCGGAUAGUGAAGAUGAUGAAGAUCAACUGGAACAAGAUUCAAGAACAGAAUCAGGUUGCUGACUGCAGGGAAGACUAAUGCUACUUCGAAGACUUAAUUUAAACCUAAUAUAAAUAUGUAUUAUAGUAUUUUUAAAGAUAAUUUAUUUCUAUGUAAGUUAUUAUUAAUAAAACUGAGAUGUCUUGUAAUUUAA